UAUAGCACAAUGAAGUCGUUUUUUAUACUUUUUGUAAUUUUUACUAUAAUUAACGCGGCUUCUAUAAAAAUCGAUGAGCCGAAGGUUAAUUAUGAAGGAUAUAAAGUGUAUAAAGUAAAAAUUGCCAAUAAGGAACAAAGGACUCUUAUACAAGAAUUAGCCAAUAAACUAGAGGUUUCAAUUUGGCACGAAGAUAUGGAACACAUUGAUUUAAUGGUCAAUCCCAAAUAUCUUUCAGCCUUUAAGAAUACAACUUUCAACCGUGGUAUUCAGCACUAUGAAAUGAUCUCGAAUUUACAAAGUUUAAUAAAUGAAGAACAAAAAGCCGUGGAUGAUAACUUAGAUAAUUCAGAAUUUACUUGGACACGUUAUCAUAAAUUGCCACAAAUCGAAGAAUUUAUCGACAACAUUCUUUCAAAAUAUUCUUCCGUAGCUGAAGAAUUUGUCAUUGGUCAGUCCUAUGAGGGUCGUAAAAUACGAGGUAUUAAAAUUUCCUAUAAAGCAGGAAAUCCUGGUAUUUUCAUUGAGUCCAAUAUACAUGCCCGAGAGUGGAUUACUUCUGCUACCGCCACUUGGUUUAUCAAUGAACUAUUAACAUCCACCGAUACAAAUGUACGUAAUAUGGCUGAGAAUUAUGACUGGUAUAUAGUUCCGGUAUUGAAUGUAGAUGGUUUUGUUUAUACACAUGAAAAGGAUCGCCUAUGGCGUAAAACUCGCCAGCCUGUGGCACAUUCUAAUUGUGUUGGUACCGAUGGUAAUCGUAAUUUUGAUUCAUAUUGGGGUAUGGAGGGUGGUUCUUCUAGCAAUCCUUGUGCUUAUGAUUAUGCAGGACCCAAGGCCUUUUCGGAACCAGAAAUUAAGGGUUUAGCUGAUUAUUUGCAGGCUAAUAGAAACAAAUUCAAUAUUCUGAUUGCAUUCCAUUGUUAUGGACAAGUCUUGCUGUCACCUUAUGGUCAUACAACCGAAGUGCUUCCCGAAAAUUAUAAUGAUUUAAUGAAGGUGGCUAAAGCCUAUGUCGAUGCAGUGGAAAAUGUAUCUUAUGGUACAGAGUACACAUAUGGAACAUCAGCGGGAGCUAUGUAUUUGGCUACUGGUGCUACCAUUGAAUAUGCCUACAAUGAAGUAGACAUUAAACUAACUUAUGCUAUUGAAAUGCGUGAUACUGGACGUUAUGGAUUUGUUUUGCCACCCGUACAAAUUCUUCCCAAUUGUGAAGAAACUAUGACUGGCAUAUUGGCUUUAGUUAAAGAAGCAGAUCAAUUGGGUUAUCUAAAGGCGAAAUAUUAAGCAAUUUCGAAUAAAAUUCCAAACAAAAUAAUCU